AUGGUCUUCCCUCGAUCUAAAAGGCGAAGAUUGCCCUCUCGACAAGCUUGUAUGAAUUGUCGCACAAGAAAACAUCGCUGCGAUGGUGUGCGACCUCAAUGUGGAGAUUGUCGAAGCCGGGAGACCUUUUGCCAGUAUUCGGAUGAAGCAAACGAUCUAGACAGUCGAGUUGAAAUAUAUCGCCGGUCUGGGGAAUCUGCAGGUUCCAUCAAUCACCACCGGGAAACCUCGAAGACUUCGUCGGGCGCGGAUGAAUAUCCUCGUACCUUACCUCCACCAGCGUCCUCCACUUAUAACACCUGCACCCUGCCGCCAAGUGAAGAUCCGAAUGUGUCAGGCUUGGCUGCAACCACCCUAGCGCCAACAGCUCCAUUAAAAGAGAAUGCUGAGCUCCGAGGUUUUUUUGGAGAAUCGUCGACAAUCGCGUUUGUCUCAAACAUACUAGGCAGUCCCCAACACAGCCCUGGUGUUCACCUGCCGAAGAGCGACCUAAAACAUGGAAUUUCUGCCUUGCAGAUGUCAUCCACAUGCGAAAUUUAUAAUAAGGCCCACUUGGACAAAAGUUCACUUACUUUCCACAUCCCUGACCGGCACAUCGCGGACGGAAUGGUGGACGCUUAUUUUGAACGUUUCCAUCCCCUCUACCCUUUCCUUCACGAAGGAACUUUCAGAGCCGAGUACGAAAGGAUGUGGAGUUCGGCAUCGGAUAGCCCUUUGCGAUGCUCGUGGUACGCUCUUUUAAAUAUUGUGUUUGCGCAUGGCUGCGAAUUCUGCGAUCUCGUUCCCAAGCACAGGCUCCCGGGUAUCGUUCGCCCUUUCGUCGACCGGUCCCGGGAAACCACUUUGUCCCACAUCUAUCAGCAAAGUAAUUUGGAGUUUGUUCAAGUCCUGCUUUUACUUUCCCAUUAUCUUCAGGGUACGUUGGAACUCAAUGAAUGCUGGAACCUGGUUGGCUUGAUGAUUCGGACUGCCGUUAGCAUUGGCCUCCAGUUGAAUGCCGACGGUCUAGAACUCACGGCAUUGGAAAAGGAGGUUCGAAAAAGAGUCUGGUGGGGGUGCUUCAUCAUUGACCAGACUCUUAGCAUGAAGCUUGGCCGCCCAAGGGCACUCCAGCUGGCGGAUGCGGAGGAUGUUCCCUGUCCUUCGCUAAUCGAUGAUCAAUACAUUCACGACAGAUCAUCCGUCGCUCGACAGCCUGCGGGCUGUCCUUCGACAAUCGCGUUCUUUCGACAUACUAUCGAGCUAUCAAAGAUCAUAGAGAGAGUUCUCUAUCAUUUGUACACAGCAAAGAGUGUGAGAGCGAGAUCUGCUGCGGAUCCUUACGAAUCACCAAUCCCAGAACAGCACCUCAUCCUCAGUACGGUCGUCCGUCUUGACGGGGAACUCCAAGCUUGGUGGACUGAUGUACCUGUGCACCUCUUAGAAGACACAGAUGCGAUGGAGGGACGGGUCUUUCGACGUCAACAGGCUGUCAUGAGGAUUAGAUACCUUCAAAUCCGACUACUUAUUCACCGACCUCUGCUUCUCCUUUUCACCCGGCAAGAUAUUGGGGAUGCCUUUCUACGAGAAGCUACGAUAGCUGGUUCGAAAGCUUGCAUCGAUGCGGCGUGUCAGACUAUACAACCUCCAUUGUAA